CAUGGAAGUGAUGGAACCACCUACUUUAAAAUGCACCCUCCAUAAAGCCGCAGCCUAAUAUAAUAGGAUAAAUACAGUUCUGAUAUCGGCGGGUUAAUCAUAGAAUGCCAAACGCUACCCAUCUCAGUCUCAAUAUCACAAAACUCUGCAGAGAAGCCUGCUUGAAAGAAGCUCUACACAUUCUUACUACCUACAAUCUUCCUGUAAAAUAUUCUACAUAUCUUCAUCUAUUGCAGGCCAACAUUGACAAAAAAGCGAUUUCAGAGGGUAAGCAAAUUUACUCGCACAAUGGCGACGUUUGCACAUUUACCCCACAGACAUUUUUACAAAAUACACUCAUCAACAUGUAUGCCAAGUGUGGAAAUUUGGUGGAUGCUCACAAAGUUUUCAAUCACAUGACUCAACCAGACAUCUUCUCAUGGAAUAUGAUAAUUGCGGCUUACAAAAGACAUGGCUUUCCUCAAGAUGCAUUGAAACUGUUUCAGCAAAUGCAACAAACAGUCGUCCAACCAGAUCACUUUACCUUCUCGUGUAUUAUUUCUUUAUGUGCCAGUGUAGCUUCUCUAAAUCAUGGUUUGAAAGUCCAUGGAAAGACAGUCAGAUGUGGAUUUCAAUCUCAUGUUAUAGUCAUGAAUACAUUGAUAGACAUGUAUGCAAAAUGUGGAAGAAUGCAGAAGGCGCGCGAAUUGUUUGCUAAAAUGCCUAAUGCAGAUGUUGUCUCAUGGAAUGCGAUGAUUACGGGCUAUGCACAAGAUGGGUUUGUUGAAAAAGCGUUGGAGGUUUUUAAGCAAAUGCAAUUGGGAAUUGUAAAGUCAAAUGCAGCAACCUUUGCCUGCGUCCUCCCAGCUUGUGUCAAAAUGGGAGUUUUGGGUCAGGGCAUGGAAAUCCACGAGGAUAUAAUUGAAAGAGGAUUGUUAUCAGAUGUUGUGGUUGUGACUGCUCUGAUCGACAUGUAUGCAAAAUGCGAGAGCGUAGAGAAGGCGCAAGUACUGUUUGACAAAAUGACUGAACGAAAUGUUGUCUCAUGGAAUGCAAUGAUUUCAGGAUAUGUAGAGAAUGGGCUAGUUGAUAAAGCCUUUGAGUUUUUUAAGCAAAUGCAGUUGGCUGGUGUAAAGGUAAACUCAGCAACCUUUGCAAUCAUGCUCCCUGCAUGUGCCAAAAUGAGAUCUUUGGAACAUGGUACUCAGAUUCAUCAAAAUAUAAUGAAAAGUGGGUUUUUGUCAGAGGUAGUUCUGAAUGCUCUUUUAAACAUGUAUUCAAAGUGUGGAAAAAUUCAGACAGCGCAAAAAUUGUUUGACAAAAUGCCUCAACGGAAUGUUGUCUCGUGGAAUGCUAUGGUUACAGGAUAUGCACUAAAUGGUAAUCUUAAGGAGAGUUUAAGCCUUUUCAAAGAAAUGCCUCAACGAAAUGUGGUCACAUGGAAUGCUAUGAUUACAGGGCACGCACAAAAUGGGCUCACUGAAAAAGCCUUGGAAUUUUUCAAGCAGAUGCACUUGGCAGGUGUUAAGCCAAACUUAGCAACAUUUGCCAGCGUCCUCCCAGCUUGUGCACAAAUGGGAGCUUUCGAACAGGGUAUGGAGAUACAUCAAAAAAUAAUUGAAAGUAGAUGUUUGUCAGAUGUUGUUGUAAAUGCUCUGAUAGACAUGUAUGCAAAAUGUGGGAGUAUACAUAAGGCACAUCAACUCUUUAACAAAAGACAUCAUCCAGGUAUUAUCUCGUGGAAUACAAUGAUUGCAGGAUAUGCAAUGCAUGGUUAUAGCAAGGAGGCCGUCAAACUCUUUGAAAUAUUGGAACACUCCGGAACCAGCCCGGACCAUAUAAGCUUCAUUUGUGUAUUAUUUGCCUGCAGCCACGGAGGUCUAGUGCAUUAUGGCUGUAAAUUCUUUAAUUGUAUGAGCGACUCUUACGGUAUCACACCCACAAUAGAUCAUUAUGUAUGUAUGGUUGACCUACUUGGCCGUGCUGGCUAUCUAAUGGAAACCCUAAACUUUAUCAUCAAAAUGCCAACAAAACCUGAUGCGGUUGUGUGGAAGUGUUUGCUUGGUGUUUGUAGAUCAUAUAAACAUCUGAGUCUAGGAGAAUAUGUGGUAACACUUCUUUUUGAGUUGGAACCCAAAGAAGCUGCACCUUAUGUUCUGCUGUCCAAUAUAUAUGCAGAAGCGGGCAUGUGGGUUGACACUCAGAAAGUGCGGAAACUGAUUAAAAAUAGCAGAAUUAAAAAGGUACCUGGAUGCAGUUGGAUUGAAGGUCAUAAAAUGCUACAUGCUUUUUGUGUAGGGGACAGAUUACACCCAUAAGUCCUGGAGAUCCAUGCAAUGCUGGAAAAAUUUGUCUUCAGAGAUGAAUGCAGCAGGUUGUAUCCAGGAUACAAAAUCUUUAUCGAAUGAUGUGAAGGUGGAGAAGCAAUUACUCAUUCGCCUUCACAGUGAGAAGUUGGGUUCCACAACUAUCAUAAAAAAUCUUUAUUGAUGUGGUGGCAGCCACACUGCUACAAGUUUAUCUCCGAAAUUGGUACAAGAGAAUUUGUUGUGAAAGAUACGGUUCUUUUCCACCAUUCCAAACGUGGAGAGUGCUCUUGUGGAGAUUAUUGAUGAUGUUGAGUGAAGCAAGCUAUAAGCACAGGAUUGCACUAUAGCAAGAUAUAUAUGGUUUCAGACCUGCAAUGGAUGCCUGUAAAGCUCUUGACUAGAAAGCUGGAACAGCCAGAAAAUUGGUAGACGAAAAAGGAAAGGAAUUUUUUAACGAAACAGAAAGGUUUCUUAACCACGAAGGAAACGUGAGAGACAGGCCUAUAAUCAAGCAGGUGAUGGUUGUUUAGUCCUACCUUUUCAAAUGCUUAUAUACCAUUUGGGCCUAAGUUAUAUACGCCAAACCAUACAUUAAAAUUCAUAUUUGUGCAGGUGGAAAUGUUUGUUGUUCAUGGUCAAUAAUAUCAAGAAAAUUUAGCAUCAAAUUAAAUAAUCUAUUAGUCAGGUAAUUGAUGGUCUGUAAUUUUGAAAAGUCCACCGAGAUCUUUGGGGAUUUCACAGAUUCCCUAUAUAAUUUCUGUAAAUCUGAUUUGCCAUCCAAGCACAUGAUAUAGGCAAGUUUCUUAUAUAAAAUUCGGAUGUUAGUAUCAA